UAAAAACUUGCCUUUUCUGAGGUGUGAGGUAAUAUUUUGGCACCAAUAUGGGAAAGCAGAACAGCAAACUACGCCCUGAAGUCAUGCAGGAUUUGCUAGAAAGUACAGACUUUACAGAACAUGAGAUCCAGGAGUGGUACAAAGGCUUCUUGAGAGACUGCCCGAGUGGACAUUUGUCUAUGGAGGAGUUUAAAAAAAUAUAUGGGAACUUUUUCCCUUAUGGGGACGCUUCUAAGUUUGCGGAACACGUAUUCCGCACUUUUGACGCCAAUGGAGAUGGAACAAUAGAUUUCAGAGAAUUCAUCAUAGCCUUGAGUGUAACGUCAAGAGGGAAACUGGAGCAAAAGCUGAAGUGGGCAUUCAGCAUGUACGACCUGGACGGGAACGGCUACAUCAGUAAGGCAGAGAUGCUGGAAAUCGUGCAGGCGAUCUAUAAGAUGGUUUCAUCUGUAAUGAAGAUGCCGGAAGAUGAGUCAACACCAGAGAAGAGGACAGAGAAGAUCUUCCGCCAGAUGGACACCAAUCGCGAUGGAAAGCUCUCUCUGGAGGAGUUCAUUCGAGGCGCCAAGAGCGAUCCAUCCAUAGUCCGUCUCCUGCAGUGUGAUCCCAGCAGCGCCGGGCAGUUCUGAACCCAUUUUUGGAUGAAUUCUGUAUCUGCUUUUUUUUUCCUUGCCAAACAACAUUCAUGGUAGUGUUGCCUCUGUAUGGCCAAUUAUGCCUUCAUUUGUGGCAUCUUGUAGCUUCUUUUGUUGUGGAUUAAUUAUAAGAAUGCUGAAUUGCUCUUAACAAGUUGUCCAGAGCACGGGCAGUACUGUUUUAAACAGAUAUUGUGGUGUUAUAAUUGUUUUAAAGAUUUCAUUUUGGUUUUUUUGUUUUAACGUGUCUGUUUUCGAAAGUACACGUUGAGAA